AUGGUGACUGGUAUCUCUGUCCUGUCCUCCUCUCCCAGCUGUAUGAAGACUGGUAUCUCUGUCUUGUCCUCCUCUAUCUCUCCCAGCUGUAUGAAGACUGGUAUCUCUGUCCUGUUCUCCUCCAUCUCUCCCAGCUGUAUGAAGACUGGUAUCUCUGUCCUGUCCUCCUCCAUCUCUCCCAGCUGUAUGAAGACUGGUAUCUCUGUCCUGUUCUCCUCCAUCUCUCCCAGCUGUAUGAAGACUGGUAUCUCUGUCCUGUCCUCCUCUACCUUUCCCAGCUGUAUGAAGACUGGUAUCUCUGUCUUGUCCUCCUCUACCUCUCCCAGCUAUAUGAAGACUGGUAUCUCUGUCCUGUCCUCCUCCAUCUCUCCCAGCUGUAUGAAGACUGGUAUCUAUGUCUUGUCCUCCUCUACCUCUCCCAGCUGUAUGAAGACUGGUAUCUCUGUCCUGUCCUCCUCUACCUCUCCCAGCUGUAUGAAGACUGGUAUCUCUGUCCUGUUCUCCUCUACCUCUCCCAGCUGUAUGAAGACUGGUAUCUCUGUCCUGUCCACCUCUACCUCUCCCAGCUGUAUGAAGACUGGUAUCUCUGUCUUGUCCUCCUCUACCUCUCCCAGCUGUAUGAAGACUGGUAUCUCUGUCCUGUCCUCCUCUACCUCUCCCAGCUGUAUGAAGACUGGUAUCUCUGUCCUGUUCUCCUCUACCUCUCCCAGCUGUAUGAAGACUGGUAUCUCUGUCCUGUCCUCCUCUACCUCUCCCAGCUGUAUGAAGACUGGUAUCUCUGUCCUGUCCUCCUCUACCUCUCCCAGCUGUAUGAAGACUGGUAUCUCUGUCCUGUCCUCCUCUACCUCUCCCAGCUGUAUGAAGACUGGUAUCUCUGUCCUGUUCUCCUCUACCUCUCCCAGCUGUAUGAAGACUGGUAUCUCUGUCCUGUCCUCCUCUACCUCUCCCAGCUGUAUGAAGACUGGUAUCUCUGUCCUGUUCUCCUCUAUCUCUCCCAGCUGUAUGAAGACUGGUAUCUCUGUCCUGUCCUCCUCUAUCUCUCCCAGCUGUAUGAAGACUGGUAUCUCUGUCCUGUCCUCUAUCUCUCCCAGCUGUAUGAAGACUGGUAUCUCUGUCCUGUCCUCUACCUCUCCCAGCUAUAUGAAGACUGGUAUCUCUGUCUUGUCCUCCUCUAUCUCUCCCAGCAUACCCUUUACUUAG